UCGGUGGCCUUGUGGGGUCUUUAUACUCUUAACCGCGAGUUAACUUAGAGAGAGACAGGGACACAGAAACAAACAGAUCACUAUAUAGAGCGAGAGACCGAUAUAUGUUCCCUGUACCUAUAUGUCUCCACAUCUAUAGAGAGAGAAGAGAGAAGAGAGAGAGAGAGAGAGGCGUGGAUUCGUAUUUAAUUCAAUGGGAGCCAAAUCCAAUGCUUCUCAGGUGGUAGCGAGUUUUUAGGAGCGAGAAAGCGAGUUUUUAAGGGGGAGAGAGAGAGAGGUUAUGGCGGAUUCAAGCGAUUCUGUUUCCAUUGAUGUGGAAGCAAUCUCUCUUGGCCGAAAGGAGUACCUCGUAAAAACUGGCUGUGGUCUCGUAUCUGUUCUUGUCUGUGGAGAUCCGGAUAAGCCAGCUCUUGUUACUUAUCCAGAUUUAGCAUUGAAUCAUAUGUCCUGCUUUCAAGGGUUAUUCUUUUGUCCAGAAGCAUUUUCCUUGCUGCUCCACAACUUCUGCAUCUACCAUAUAAGUCCUCCUGGGCAUGAGUUGGGUGCGGCUAUACUUAAUCCUGAUGACCCGGUGCUAUCCGCGGAAGACUUAGCAGAUCAGAUUGCAGAGGUUCUCGACUAUUUUGGACUCGGUGCAGUGAUGUGUAUGGGGGUGACUGCUGGAGCUUACAUCUUAACUUUAUUUGCGAUGAAAUAUACACAACGUACUCUUGGUCUGAUACUCAUCUCUCCUCUAUGCAAAGCACCAUCAUGGACAGAAUGGCUGUACAAUAAGGUGAUGUCAAAUUUAAUUUACUUCUAUGGCAUGUGUAGUUUGGUGAAGGAUUUAUUGCUGAUGCGGUACUUCAGCAAGGAAGUUCGUGGUAGUUUGCAAGUACCAGAAUCAGAUAUAGUUCAAGCAUGCAGAAGACUACUGGAUGAAAGGCAGGGUCCAAAUGUUUUGCAGUUUCUUGAAGCUAUUAAUGGGAGACCGGACAUUACUGAAGGACUCAAGAGACUAAAGUGCCGGUCUCUAAUUAUUGUUGGGGAGAACUCUCCUUUCCAUUCAGAGGCUCUACACAUGACUUCAAAGCUAGAUAGAAGAUUCAGUGCGUUAGUUGAGGUUCAGGCAUGUGGAUCAAUAGUGACGGAGGAGCAGCCCCAUGCCAUGUUGAUACCAUUGGAAUACUUCCUCAUGGGAUUUGGCUUCUACCGGCCCUCUCAGUUCAACGUCAGCCCAAGAAGCCCAUUGAGCCCGACAUCCAUUUCGCCGGAGCUUUUCUCACCAGAGAGCAUGGGCUUGAAGUUAAAACCGAUAAAAACGCGAAUGUCGGUUCAGGUUUGAAAGAAGAUCUUAAAGGUAGGAUCAAGAAUUUUGUAAUCUAUGUUUCAAGAAACAUUAAAUGUAUUUUGCUUGAUUGGAUGGGCAUUGUAAAGAAGGAAAUUGCUGGAGGAUUUGUAGAUAAUAAGAGAGCGGUAAAAAGGAAAUGUGUAGAAGGAGAGAUGGAAAUUCUUUCAUUUGUACAUCAUGAAUGUUAGUUGGGGGCCGAAGUUAUUUGUACAUCCUCGAAAUAAAUCACUAUUUAUGUUGGCAAAAGAACGAUAUUAAUAAGAUUUGAGGCUAUGGUUUAUCUGUUGGUUA